CGUCAUUGCGUACACUGAUGGAUGUUGGGGAACCAAGGGGGGUGUUGGAACGGGAGGGUUAAACAUGAGAUUAUGACAGAGUGGUUGCAUUCAUAAUCCGACCGACGAAUUGCCGUGUUUUAUUUUGAUAUUGCAGUGGCGGGGUGUAUGACGACUAGCACAGAAAAUACUUGUACCUCUGUAAGGUAGCGAGGGAAGAGAAAGUAGGAGGGGGGGCGGUGUUGCUGGAUUUAGAGAAGGAAAACAAUAUGGCCGCAGUGGAGUUAGAAUGGAUCCCAGAAACACUGUACAACACUGCUAUAUCAGCAGUGGUGGACAAUUACAGUCGAUCGCGAAGAGACAUUCGGUCUCUUCCUGAAAACAUACAGUUUGAUGUUUAUUACAAGCUUUACCAGCAAGGCCGGCUUUGCCAGCUGGGAGGGGAGUUCUGUGAGCUGGAGGUCUUCGCCAAAGUCCUACGAGCUUCUGACAAAAGACACCUCCUACACCACUGCUUCCAGGCCUUGAUGGACCAUGGUGUUAAAGUGGCUUCCGUUUUGGCCAACUCCUUCAGCCGUCGGUGCUCUUACAUUGCCGAAUCCGACGCCCAUGUCAAAGAAAAAGCCAUACAGUUUGGCUUUGUUUUAGGUGGCUUCCUGUCAGAUGCGGGUUGGUAUGGUGAUGCGGAGAAAGUCUUUCUGUCGUGUCUCCAGCUUUGCACACUGCACGAUGAGGUCCUGCAUUGGUAUCGGGCCGUGGAAUGCUGUGUGAGGUUGCUCCACGUUCGCAAUGGCAAUUGCAAGUACCACCUGGGAGAGGAGACGUUCAAGCUGGCCCAGUCUUACAUGGACAAACUCGCCAAACACGGCCAUCAGGCUAACAAAGCAGCUCUCUACGGGGAGCUGUGUGCCCUGCUUUUUGCUAAAAGCCACUAUGACGAGGCGUACAGGUGGUGUAUAGAGGCCAUGAAGGAGAUAACCGUGGGCCUGCCGGUCAAAGUGGUGGUGGAUGUCCUCAGACAAGCCUCCAAGGUAGCAUGUGUUGUUAAACGGGAGUUCCGGAAGGCCGAACAGCUCAUUAAACAUGCAGUAUUUCUGGCAAGGGAACACUUUGGACACAAGCACCCGAAGUACUCUGACACGCUGCUAGACUAUGGGUUCUACUUACUCAAUGUAGACAAUAUCUGUCAAUCAGUCGCUAUUUACCAGACCGCCCUUGAUAUUCGGCAAUCUGUGUUUGGAGGGAAGAAUAUUCAUGUAGCUACCGCGCAUGAAGAUCUAGCGUACUCCUCAUAUGUGCAUCAGUACAGCUCUGGUAAAUUCGACAAUGCACUAUUCCACGCAGAACGUGCCAUAGACAUCAUAACUCACAUUCUCCCCGAGGACCAUCUGCUGCUGGCCUCGUCCAAAAGGGUGAAAGCUCUCAUCCUGGAGGAGAUCGCCAUCGACUGCCAUAACAAAGAGACGGAAGAGAGGCUACUGCAGGAGGCUCACGACCUGCACCUCUCCUCCCUCCAGCUGGCCAAAAAAGCCUUCGGGGAGUUCAACGUCCAGACAGCCAAACACUACGGCAACCUGGGCCGCCUUUACCAGUCCAUGCGCAAGUUCAAGGAGGCUGAAGAGAUGCACAUCAAGGCCAUACAGAUCAAGGAGCAGCUCCUGGGCCAAGAGGACUACGAGGUGGCGCUGUCCGUGGGCCACCUGGCUUCUCUCUACAACUACGACAUGAACCAGUAUGAGGACGCCGAGCGGCUCUACCUGCGCUCCAUCGCAAUCGGCAAGAAGCUGUUCGGGGAAGGCUACAGCGGAUUGGAGUAUGACUACCGGGGCCUGAUCAAACUGUACAACUCGGUGGGAAACUACGAGAAGGUGUUUGAGUACCACAACAUACUGUCCAACUGGAACCGCUUGAGGGACAGACAGUUUGCCGUGGCCGAUGCGCUCGAGGACGUCAACACCAGCCCGCAGGCCACCGACGAAGUGGUCCAGUCUUUCCUGCUGUCGCAGCAGAGCCACGGGGCAGGGCACCCCGGUUAGGGGGCUGACGGCAGGGACACACACAGACACACAAAUGGUCAUCCAGCAGGUUCACUUAUACACCCCCCCACACACACAAACACCCACCCACACACAUAUAUAAGUGGCAACCAUGCUCUCACACACACACACACACACGUUACAGCUCGACACAAACUCACAUCCACGUGGUUCACUAUUGACUCAUGCGUUGGGCGUCUAGUCCCACGCGGAUUUCGCUGGAGCUGCAGUGGAACCUGGUGCUAUCAGGGGAUCCUCCUCUGGCUGAGACCCUGAGGCUGUCCAUGCCAGUCAGUCACCCGGCCUGCACCAGCCAACCCUCCCAACCAUCACCACCACAGACCUGCUCACAGCCUGGGCUCUGACGAGGGCCCAGUGGGAGCCUACUCUCACUCCAAUCAAACAGGAUUAUGUCUGGUUCAGGUUCACCUCCUAAGAAAACCAAUCCAAGGAGAUUGAUAUUUGAUCUUACUUCUGUAACACGAGAGGAGAUAGAAGAAGAAGAAGAAGAGAAGAUGGAAAAAGAAGAAAAAGAAAAAAAAGGAGAUGACAAGGACAGCGAUGGGAGAAGAAAAGAAAAAAAGAUAACCCAAGCCCAGUGUGUAGACUUGCGACCCUUCUUUUAAUUGUAUAAUGCCCUGUAAGUUUGUUUUCAUUUUUUUUUUUUCUUCUUGUGUUUAUUUUAUCUGUCGUACCUGAACGUUGAGGUGUUUCACGUGUCAUGGGAAUUCAGUGUCCACCAUGUACCCAGGUUACCACUCCCCCAUGUGUGCUGUGUCUAGUGUUGGAUUGAGCAUGUCCUGACGGCCCUUCAGAACCUGGCUGGGCUCUGUGUCCACAGAAAGUGCCGGAAGGAGCUCCACGCUCCCCUUUGCUCCCUCCUGUAAUGAUGAGGAAUACCCAUGGUAAAGACGAUUGUUGACUGAAAUCUGCCUGAUGUUGGGGGAAACAAAAAAGAAAAAAAGGAGAAGAAAAACAACUUUUCUGUCACUCUAAGGUCAGACCUUAGGCAUACACGCAAGGCCCAUUACUGCUUUUGAUUGGACCGCAAUGUGUCUUCUGUCACGAGAAUUCUAUGGACCAGAGGAUUAUACUAAUGUUUUGGAUGCAAACAUUUAUUAUUAUUAUUAUUAUUAUUAUUAUUUCUUUUUUGUAUUCACUGACAUGUUUAAGUAGGCACCUAGUUUAAUUUAAAUGCCAAUAAUUUAUAUGCAAAGCGUGCUAUAACUAGAUUUAACAUUGCAUAUAGAUGAGCCAAAUGGACUUCUUUUGGACUCGGAUGUGAGCGCUCAGCUGCUGGCUCUGCCAAUAGUGGUCCAGGGGCCGUGGGGAAGAGGGCGUCGGUUUACUUGGAGGGGAGACCAUGUUGCUCUGAGUCUCUGAGCUGAGUCUCUUACCAAAGUCACUGUGAGCGUAGGUGGACUGCACCAACUCCACGGGGGGGGGGGGGGGCUUUUCCACAAACCUCUCAUCAUCCAUUCAGACUUUUAGCUCCCCCCCCCCCCCCCUUCAUGGGGUUGCAUUGAUGGAGCCAUCCUCCCUGGCCCACAGCCCGCUGUCAGGAGACCACAUAGGAAAGAGCUGACGGGUGCACCUGUUUUUGUAGCGUGGGCUGACCGCCGGGGCAGGGGAAGGGGGUUGCUGUGUAAGAGGUGUGCCUGUGCAUUCAGAGCAUUUACCAGUGCAAGAAAUACAAUAAGCUCAUGCUCUAGUCCUAUACGAGGAUCCACAGGGGUCCUUGUGACGCUCUAAGAUCUGGAAGUUGCUGGAGCAGUUCAACAUGGUGUCUCCCUCCUCAUCUGACCAGCGCUCUACCCCAUUCUGUUACGAUUUUUCCCCAAAGAUUGGCUCUCAGAAAAAAAAAAUGGCUUUCCAAGUUGAGUUUACAAGAUUAUAAUUGCCUGCUUCUAACAAGCUGAAUCACAUCACUGACAAGAAUUGGUAACAGUGUCCGGGGCUAUGGUUACAAAUAGUUUAAAAAGAAAAAGUGAUUGGAGUUCCAUGCUGUGUUUGUCUAGAUAUCACAUUGUUCUCCCAGAAGUGGUAGUGCACCAUGUUGUCUUCAAUCGUGUCACCGAUUUUUUUUUUCUCUGCUUUCUUUUUUUCGUUAUUGUACGACGCUGAGCCGUGCCCUUGCUUCAGUGCAGCGGUGGACGUAUUUCUACCGUGCCGUUGGUGUUGAUCUCACAGUAGUGAGUCUUGGAUGUGCGUGUCGGGUCUUACCCAGAUGGCUUUUGUGACACGGGGCCCCAGCUCUAGCUGAAGUCCAAGCCUUAGCCUUAAAGGACGCUCAGCUAACGGUGCUCUGGCUCUCAGAAGCCUUUCUUUUUUUUUCGCUUUUGCUUCCUCCUAAAUCCCUAACAAGCCGAUUGCUGUGGGAAGUUAUCACAGAUACAGCACAGCAGAGGCCUCUCCUGUCUUAGCUGGCCCUCCCGAUCAUCUGGGCAGCGUGCAAGUUCCUGUUUGGAGGUCAGCUUAGGCGGAGAGACAAACACACACACCCCUAGACCUGACACGAAGGGAACCCUGAAUGGCAGGAAGUGCGAAGUGUGUUUAUGGCGAAAGUCACCCAAGUUUGUACAGAUGAGGGGAAAAGGGAAUCACAGGAUAGAGGGAGGGGGAUGUGAGAGGAAAGAAUGGGAACAGGGGAUUGCCUUGCAUACAGAAAAACAAAACAACAUUAAGUUGGACAAGUGGAACAUUAUGAAUAAAAGCUGUGAUAUCAGAAAACCAACGCUGAAAGUGCAUUUCCAUUUUAUUGACCUUUAGCCGAGUAAAAUCAUUGGAUGUGACAGUUGUAACAAUAAUGUAUUGUCAAUAAGCUAUUUACUUUGCUGGCCAAGGCCACUUUCACACCGCCACUACUCCUGGAGUAGCCAGUGUAAUCCACAUCCAGCAUGGUCACAAAAUACAAAAUCACUAUUCAUUACUGUUCCCAUCUCACUGGCAAAUGUAACAUGCCCAUAACUAAUGGAAUCCAAAAAUAUGAAGAAAACAUAAAAACAUGUACUUCUGAAUUAAUGCUUUCUUGCGAAUGUUGAUUUUAAGGGCUCAUUUUGUUUACCUCAAGUGGUAUUUCUUUGCUUUGGUUUUUUUUAUUGGCAAGUAAUUCCAUUGGUUUGUGUGUGGGUUGCGCAUUAAAGGCCUAAAAGUAUGGUUAUGGAUUACAGUAGCAUCCAAAUGGUAAAUGGCCUGGAGUCCACCAAUGAAGACCCCCCCCCCCCUCCCCCCGAGUCAGUGUUCUCACACAAAGAAUAGCUGGCCUUUAAUUGCAUGUUUUGAGUAUUUCUAUGUAGAUAUAGAUGCUAAAGAUUACUGCACUGGUGAACUUUAAAGUAACGUACAUGCUAGAAGGACCAGCUUCUGUAUAGCCAAAAGGAUAUGACACCUGUAAGUAUGAUUAUAUGGAACAAAGUGAAUUUUGUGCCUCUGAAAUCGAAAAAGGAUUUACAUCCCAAAUGAACUUGUCAGAGAAUAAAAACGGAAUUGUCCAUUCACUUAUAUCAACACUGUGGGAUGCUUGAGAGUGAAGUGUUAAAGAUGGUGGAAUAUGACUUGCGACUGUUGUAAAUUGUAUGGGUGUACUGGGCGGCUGCUGAGGCUGUUCCACAGCAAGAGUUGAAGCAAUGUUACUAAUAAAUACUGGUUUCUACA